GUGGGGAUGCGGGCCUGUCACUCCCCUCUCUCAGAAUGCGUUCUCUCUGGCAGAGCGAAGCGAACGGUGAAUGUAGUUUCAGUUUAGAGUGGGCACCUUGGAGACCGUAGAAGUUCGUGUAAUCGGUUGCGUACACACAACAAAAAUAGUUCAUAACAAUAAUAAAAAAACUGUAAUACAUGUUAGGUCGUACAACGGCCUGAUUGAUUUGUUCGCGAGUGCGUGUGUGUCAGUGUAGUUCGUCAAAAUGUUUGAUGUUUUCGGUUCAGUGAAAGGUCUCUUGAAGAUCGACCAAGUAUGCAUAGACAACAAUAUAUUUCGUUUGCAUUACAAAGCAACCGUAAUUAUCUUAGUGUCUUUUUCUCUAUUAGUAACAAGCCGACAGUACAUAGGAGACCCUAUAGACUGUAUAGUUGACGAAAUUCCGUUAAAUGUUAUGGACACUUAUUGUUGGAUUUACUCCACAUUUACCGUUCCAAAUAGAUUAACCGGACACAUAGGAAAAGACAUUGUCCAGCCAGGAGUAGCUAGCCAUGUGGACGGCAAAGACGAUGUUAAGUAUCACAAAUAUUAUCAGUGGGUCUGCUUUGCAUUGUUCUUCCAAGCUAUGCUCUUCUACGUACCCAGAUAUUUGUGGAAAACCUGGGAGGGCGGUCGAGUUAAAAUGUUAGUGUUGGAUCUCAACUGUCCCAUCGUCUCAGAAGACUGUAAAAAAGACAGAAAGCAAUUAUUAGUGGACUAUUUCACGACAAAUCUACAUUUACAAAACUUCUAUGCGUAUAGAUUCUUCAUAUGCGAAGUUCUCAACUUCGUUAACGUAGUCGGGCAAAUUUUCUUCAUGGACUUCUUCCUCGACGGCGAAUUCAGCACAUACGGCAGCGAUGUGCUUUCUUUCACCGAGAUGGAACCAGAGCAGAGAGAAGAUCCAAUGGCCAGGGUAUUUCCCAAAGUAACUAAGUGCACAUUCAACAAAUACGGUCCUUCGGGUACAGUGCAACGAUUCGAUGGAUUGUGCGUUCUUCCACUCAACAUCGUCAACGAAAAAAUCUACGUCUUCCUGUGGUUCUGGUUCAUCCUUCUUAGUGUCCUAUCUGGAGUAUCUUUGCUGUAUCGCCUCGCUGUCAUAUUCGCACCCAAGAUUAGGUUGUAUCUUCUUAGAACCAAAUGUCGCAUUGCCGCCUACGACCAGGUGGAAACGAUAGGUAACAAGUGUGAGAUCGGUGAUUGGUUCGUUCUUUACCAAUUGAGCAAAAACAUAGAUCCUCUUAUCUUCAAAGAAGUUAUUAAUGAUCUAUCGAAAAAACUCGAAGGUAAGGAGUCUGUAUCGGUGUAACGCUGUACUGCUGGUAUUCGGUAGGUUCGUUGAUAUACAAUACAUACAUUUUUCUGAUUAGAAUGUUUAUUUUACUGUAUAUAACUUUCCUAUUUUAAAAGACUAUCUAGAAUUUGUAUCAUAAUAUUUACAUCUACAAUAGAACAAUAUUCUUUAAUUGCUUAACAUUUGAUCCUCAUUUAGAUGAAAUUUUCGUGUACAAAAACAAUACUUCAUUUCAAAGAACUCUUGUCUAUAACUGAAACAUAAAUUUAUCUUUGAUUUACUAAUUUUAAUACCUAAUUGAUAGCUACAUUUAUAAAACUGAUUACCAAACAGUGAAAAUAUCUAUUCUGAGAGUUUUUGUAAUCAUCUGGACCCCAAACUCGGUAUUUAUCGUUGAAUUAAUUAAAAAUACAGCAUGAAUGAAUGUUUGCGUAAAAAAUGCAAGCUUCAAGGUUUUAUGAACUGUGUUUUUUAACUCACCAUAUACUAAUUUAUGUAACAGCGUUGGAUUACAUAAAAAUUAUAUAAACAUCGUAUUUCAGAGAUUUUUAAUCCAUUUCCCGUUCGUGUACACAAUGAUCAAAGACCUUUACAGCUAGGUCAAAACAUUCAAUAAAAAAAACUGAUAUAAACACAAAUAUAACAAAACUUAUUACCAUUAGUAACAGCUGUUUAAUAAUUUCUAAGUUUGUUUUUAUUCAAAAAGUAAAAUCAUUGGUUUUUUGUACAAAAUGUUGGUAAAUUCUUUCAGUACACGUUUACCUGUUUAUCCUACAAUUAAUUACUCGUUUUAGAGCCUAUUUAAGAAAUAUCUACCAGCAAUAAACUACAUAGGCCAAACAGGUAGACCUUAUAGUUGGAGAUUACGCGAACAUUUUUAAUUUUAAUAAAUAUUGAAACUUUCUGAAUAGGCAGCCAUCUUGUAAGCUUUAAUUUUUGUACUAACUAUUUUUAAUUGAUCAGAAAAAUGUGUGCGAGUAGAUACUUUGACGACCUGCUGAAUAUACGCAGAGGAUUUCUGAGCAAAAUGUGCCUUUCGAACAAUUUUUUACUCCGGAAUUCCACCACAUCAUCUCGCCGAAUUUUUUCGAACACUUCGUAAGAAAAAUGCGACCAUUCCGAGAGUUACGGUAAAAAAGAAUUCUGUGAUGACAGAAAAGACUGUAUCGUACGGCCAGCGUCCUCUAUCGGUGCGGCUGUGAUAUUUAAACGUUUUUUUUUUCUAAAUAUUUUACAAUAGCUCAAUUAUUACGUCAUUCCAAAAAUAUGCUUUUUAUUCCUAAUUUGUUUUGUAAUACAUACUGCCACUUCAUGUUGGAAAGAAAAAUAUGUUAGAAAAGCGAUUUCGCGAGCAUUAUGAUCUUGCAAAACGUGUAGCCCUGUUGAGGCUGUCAAAAAUGUCAAAAUAUAUUUGACGUUUAUCAGGAAUUGUAUUUUAGCAGGUUUUUUUGUAUAAAAAUGUCAUACAAUUUUGCUAAAUUUAAAUACUUGUGUUAUAUAACCUCACAUAACCCAAAAAAUGUAACAAACACCAUUUUACAUCAUAUUCUCUAGUAAAAUGUGUCGUAUUGUUAAUUUUUUUGAAAAAGUUAUCAAUAUUCUAUAAAAUAUUUUAAAAUGAGUACAAAAUGUUGUAUUUUUGUCAGUCUUCAACAGCUCUUGAUUGAAAAACGAUAGAAUCACGUGAUAGUUUAUUUUUUAAUAGAAAUUUCCAUGUAUUUAGAAGACUGAUUAUGAAAAACUACCUAUACCGAUAUAAAUGAUCGUAAUAGCUGGUGAAAUCGUUUUUCCUGUGAUAGUUUGAUCUGAGAUGAAAGAAAUAAGACAGCUGUUAGAGGUUUAAAAACUGUUUUACUGUUGGGUGAUAUAGAAAAUCCUAAAUGUUUAUUGUAAUGUGCUGUAAGAGCACAAACAUUUCUAUCAUAAUUUAAGAUUCGUAGAAAAAUGUUCAAUUUAAGGUCUUCUUUCCAUUCCUUUCUUUGGUUUUUGUUUAUAAAACGAGGAAUAUAUUCAUCUAUGUCAUCUAUUCUGACUAUCAGUGCAAUACUUUUUUGACAUUGUUCUUCCAAAUGCGCAUCUGUAUUAUAAGUUGCCAAACUUUUUUUUAACACUUGUAUUUAAUAAAACAUAUUUAUCAUGUUUUGUUAAAUAUCAGUUAAAUUCUCAUUAGGUUUAGACUAUUACACAUGCACAAUAUAGGGUGGGACAAAACUCAAAAAACAGUUUUGGCUUACACUAUAAGCAAAAGUUGUUUGAAUUAUUUUUCAUAGAUAUUUUUGAAGAAGGCAAUUAUUUUACAAUAAUGUCCCUUUUUUAAUGCUCAAAAUUUGCCCUAAGCAACUAUUUUUAUUAAAAAAGUGCAGCUAUUUUCAGUUCUAUAGGAUACAUAGACAAAUAUAUCUAAUUUAAAAAAAACAGUGCAUUUUUGAACAGUUUUUAAACCAUCUUCAGCAUAGAAGUGCUCCUAUAUAUACAUAUACUGUUAUUACGAAUCAAUAAUAUUUUCCAAUUUUAUAUAAUUCAUAAUGUGAUGAUUAGCAAAUAGUGUUAGCUUUAAGGUCCAUACAUAUACUACAACUCCAAGUGAAAUUAAAGAACUGUCGAAAACCAACACCUUGGGGUUCCUUUAUGUAGAAUUAAUACGGGGUGUUGAUUUUGGACAGUUCCUCUGUACGCCAAUUUUUUAAUUGUAUUUGUAUUUUAUAUCGAAUUGUGUUCAACCUGAUACGGUUAUAUAUUGUAUAUUAUACAAGAUUUUGUAAAGUAACACAAGUAUUUGACGGCCGUUGUCCAGAAAAACGACGUUUCGGUCACAAAUUCUCGACAUCUUCACACCGACACACCUAGUUCCAUAAAUUUGUUCACAUCGAUGCGAAACUUGUUUGGAAUUUGUUAUUGGUCGUUUUUUGGACAAUUGUCAUUCGAGAUACUGGAAGUUUGUAACAACGGCGGUUUUUUGUAUUUAAAUAUAUUGUGAAAAGACAGAAGUGCCUUUUUCAUGUUUGUAUGGAAGUAUUUAAAUGAGAAUAAAUAAUUUUAAUUUU